AGAACAUUCUUUCAAGAUCAGGGUCAAUGGCCUUUAAGAAAAUUAAAAGAAAAAACAGACAAAACUCGAAGAGACUACCCCAUGAAAUGAUGGAAAGAUCCAGACGUACGUCUAAAGUACGCCCUUCAUGAGUAAGCAAAAUAUGAGCGGUCGUCUGCAAAUACGCGGGCUCAACAAGAAAGAAGAAGUUUUUAAAUGUCACAAUGACAUUUGGCCACAAAAACAUCAAUUUUAACAUCAUUUUUCAUUUCGACUUUAAACAAAUUUAUUAAAAUGGUUACAAUAUGUGCAAAGAAGUAUAUGAACACGAGGGAAAAACUUUUAUUGGACGAUAUAAGGAAACGAAAGGAAAGCAAAGAUGACAGAGAAAAAAUUUUCCAGGAAAGAGAAGAAUUUUUCAAAAAACUUACUGAGAGACGUGAAAAAGGUCGUAGGUCAAGUGUCUUAUCAGGAACCACCGUUCCAAAUUCAACAUUUAAGAGUAUUCACUCUGUAGGGAGUGCAAAGAGUGAUAAGAAUAGUACCAGUAUCACUAACAUUGAGACGGAGGAUUCGAAAGAGCUUCACACUUUAAAGCCAAUUUGUGAGGAUUUAUGUAGAGAGACUGGAAGAGAGGAAGAUAGUGUACUUAAUCUUAUUUCCCAAGAAACAAGCUCCGGAAAAAGAUCUUCAAUUCUAUCGGGCACUGGUACUAUAGAAGAGCUGAAAGAGCUACGAGAUCUGCUGCAUAAAUCGUCUUACGUACCAAAGCAGAUUAGGACACGCACGCCAACAAUCGAAAAAAUUAAAACUGCGAUCAAACAAGAAAAACGGGCUUCGCAAGAACUGAGUGAUCUUAGCGAGAGUUACACAGAACCUUUGGAGGAAUUAAGUGAUAGACUCAAAGAUGCCUCGACGUUGACUGAUAAAAAGAAAAAGAAGAAAAAAAGUAAAUCUGCUAGCAAAUGUAAUGCGAUAAUUUCUGGAGCAGAGCUACUAAAGACUUCAAAAGAAGGCAGAGGAAAGAAAUCACGAAAAACUGAGAAGGUGGAUAUUGAGAUACAAUGUUCGAUUUAUAAGAUGGGGAAGAAAACACGUCAUAAAAUACAGAAUCAAACUCCAAGUCACAGGUCUCAAAUAUAUUGGAUCCGAAGUCAAAGGUACUAAAAAUAUUAUUUGUUU